AUGUUGCGUAAACACUACUGGCAAAGACUGGUCAAGUCAAACCAUCGUCAUAGUGGUACCGCAACUGCAUGUACGUUGUUGAACCUUAGGAUAGGUCCUUAUCGCCCGGACUGGGCGUGGAAAGUGCUGGACUGUGAUGGCGAUGGAGAGCUGGACUUGGUUAGACUAUGGUACGAUCGUUACAAGUCGUACUCGAUUCAAGGCGCAGUCUCUUGCAAGCAGCAAGGUGGCGAGCUUCUAUGUGAGAACCAUUGUUUUGUUGAGCCUGUCCUAAAGUAUGCAAAGAACGGUUUUGCGCUCGGGGAUUGGGACAAUGAUGGUGACAUGGACCUAGUGGUGAUCAAGGAGGGUUCAGCCAGAGAGCCCUUUUUGAUGGACAAUGGUUUUUGCGUGCUGGAGCAGGCCUGCAGUGGUAUUGGUCGUUGCUUGGCUUCGGGUCAGUGCUCUUGCCCCAAGGAUCGGUCACUGAGCGAUUGCUCUGGUUGUGCUGUGGGCUAUUACACACCAGCCUAUCAGAUUGGCGGCAGAAAUGUCCAUGGCUGUGAAAGUUGUCCAGUUAACAUGAAAGAGGCUGUUUGUGCCGGUCGGGGUGUUUGCGUUGAUGAUGCUUAUGCUCAUUAUGCACAGUCUUUGCAGCAGACAAAUCUCACCAGCAGGACAAGGGGCAAUGGCUCUUGCAUUUGUGCCACAGAACAUUUUGUCGGACUUGACCAACUACAGCGCCAGACAUGUGCACAGGGCACGUGUCCUGAAGGCUAUAUGGAGACUGCUGUGAACGUGACGCAUUUGUUGCAUCCGCAAGUUCAACUUAGCUUCGGGUGUCAGGUCUGUCCUGCGGGGAGCUUUUCAAAUGGUGGUCGCCCGUGCAAGCAGUGUGAGGAAGGUGAAAUCCCAUCUGAGGAUGCUACCUCCUGCUUGGCUUGCAAUGAGCAUAGGGGCUUUCUGGUCUUCAUGGUAGAUGAAGCUGGCUUGCACUGCAUUCUGCCUCCUUUACAAUGGGUCGCCUUGGCGGUUUUCUGUUUGGCCCUGGUCUGCUUCGUCCGCUUUUUGGCCAUGGCAUGUUGCUAUGUGGUGCCCAUUGCAGAUCUCACCAGGCAGAUCGAUGGAGUCAUCGUCACAAGUCAUGGAGAACAUUGGCUCCAGCGCGAUGUGGCUGUAGCUUUCAAACACGCAGAAAUCCCUUGGCUAGACACAGGCGAGUGGCGAGUGAAAUGCGUCAGCAAGGAGCGCUUGUUCCUGUUCGCCAAAGAUGAGAGCCGCCCCAUGGAGACCUCCAGCUACUUGGGAGUGCCUUUGGCACUUUGGUUGCUUUGCUUUGGAGCCCUGGCUUUGGCAGCUCUCUUGAGUGGAUACUUGACUUUCUUGAUGGCAUCCUUUGCUGGAGUUGCUGCGAUCUUCCUCGCCGUGGGGCUCCAUGUUUAUCGGCAUUGGCGUUUGUUUACGGCCGACAGCAUGUCAGAGCAUGUGAAGGAUGAAGAGUCUGUUCAUUACGAGGGCUUUGUGAUGACGACGUCCUCAGGCGUUUUGUCUGCGGGGGGCGGCGGCACCGAUCUUUGCAUGGCCGUCGCAGAUCGCCUGGCCGUGCUCGACAUGCGCCAGGCCGAGGCCACCAAUGUCAAGGACGAGCAAUCGGAACAAAAGCAAGAAGGAAAUGAUAAUAAUUUGUUUUAA